AUGUCGCAUCGUUUCGCCUUCCGGAUUGCGCACCGGAAUGCGUCAAUGGAGCCAUACAGCGUGAUCGUUGAGUCUCAGCGAACAAAGAAAGUGCUUCUGUUCCAGUCUGCAGCAAUAGCCACUAUCUAUGACGCGCAUCUGUUAGCAGUUACCGAUGAUGAAAGCGUGGGUGAGUUGCGUGGCUCCAGAAUUUAUCGAAUUUGGGAAGUGCUGCGCCUGCUUUCAUCCGGUAGCUUCUAUUAUGCGACGAGCAGUGGAUCCGAGCAGUGCAUGGACCUUACUGUUGCAUUUCAGAAGUCGGUGCUCGACUCGAACGCUGAGGAUAGCUGCUUCUUCUGUGCAAAUGGCCCAAGUGUGAUUGUACCUCGUCUUCCUCCGGCAAGGGCAAAAGCAUCCUUAGUAGUUCCCACUAUCGAGAACUUGCCGGUACUGAAUCUGUGCAUUUCCGGGCACAUCUCCGAACUGUUUGUGGCUGUCAUUUUUCGAAUUGUAACACUGGGUUCAAGUGAGGUGUCAUUCCUACAAAUUCGAGGAUCAGUCCCGCUUUUUUGGGAACAGCCCGGUAUCAAUGUUGGCUCUCAUAAGGUGAAAUUACGAGCAUUCGAGGCCUCCGCGCCGGCAUUCAGCAGGCACUUUCGCUUACUCAAGGAGAGCUAUGGUGAUGUUACGGCUGUGAACCUUCUUGGCUCGAAAGAGGGUGAAACAUUACUGUCGAAAGCAUACGAAGCGCACUAUAAAAAUUCACACUGUGCUGUUGAUUACAUUGCUUUUGAUUAUCACGAAGAAAAACGAAAUUGCCUAAAACUGAUUGAUAGGUUGAAGGCAACAAUUCUGAAGUGUAUGUUCUUCUGCAGGCGUAAUGGAAGCUUAAUUUGCACGCAAAAUGGCGUCAUUCGUGUAAAUUGUCUGGAUUGCUUGGAUCGAACAAAUGCGGUGCAGACUCUCAUCGGAUUUCAGGUAGCUCGUUUUCAUUUUGGGAUUUUUAGGAUUGUACCACUGAUCCUCCAGUCAUAUGAGGUGUUGACGUCACAGCUGGAAAGUCUACAGGUUGACAGGAAAUAUUUUUCACGAUUUGAAGAGCACCUAAAAGAUAUAUGGCAGCGGAACGGCGAUGCAUGCAGUGUGAAAGAUGCGCGACGAACAUUGGUACGAACAAUACAAAACAAUUUUUUGGAUUCAUCAAAGCAGGAAGCGUUUGAUUUCCUCCUUCACGGCGCAUCCAUUUACGAUUGUUUCUUCAGACAAGUUGCAUGUAUGCUUCCACGCGAUAUAAUUCAAAGCCCACAUACAGGUGAUGUAAUCGAAGAGCAGCGGUAA